CGGGACGCGCUGCCGCCACCGCCACCGCCGCCGCCUCUGCUUCCGCCGCCGCCGCCGCCACCGCCGCCGCUGCAGCCGCUGCGCGUUCCGGCGGGGGAGGAGUCGGAGGCGGAGAAGAAGGCGGUGGUGGCGGGUGGAGGAUCGAGUGCCGAUCUCGCUGUGGAGCCGCUGCACAUUCCGGAAUCAUUUGCAGCUUAUUCACUGUAUAAGUAAAAACCAAAUUACAUCCAUAAUUCUACUGAGCUGGGAGCAUAGACGCUGCCAUAUAUGUCACAGUACACUGAAAAAGAACCAUCAGUAAUGGAUCAAGAAUCCAACAAGGCAGCUUGGCCUAAACCAGCAGGAGGAUAUCAGACUAUUACAGGCAGGAGAUAUGGAAGAAGACAUGCAUAUGUCAGUUUUAAGCCAUGUAUGACCAGGCAUGAAAGAAGCUUAGGUCGGGCUGGUGAUGACUAUGAAGUAUUGGAACUUGAUGAUGUUCCAAAGGAAAAUUCCUCAGGUUCCAAUUCAUUGGAUCAAGUCCAUCCUUCUUUACCCAAUGAAUCUACUUUUGAAAAAACUGAAACAGAAAUUUCCACUUGUGGUCCAGCACUGAAUCAAACUACUGAGAGCAGUCCAUCCAUUACCCCACUAUGCCCUAGUGAGGAAGUCAGGGAGACCUUAGAAAGCAAAAGGAAUCUCCGUAGUCGCGCUGAGACCAAGUAUAGUCCAGCUCUUUAUAAUGUCUCAAGUCUCCAAAAUGGAAUUGUGUUGGUUUAUGCUGACUCUAAUGAUCCAGACAGCAGACGUGAUGAGAAUAAUGACUCCCUUCAGCUUUCUGCAGAAGCUGUGGAAGGUGGUAGAUGUCAGGAAGUAUUAGGCAAUACAGUAUUUGAGCUAGAAAAUGGAGAAGCAGAGGUGUACGCUGAUCUUUCCCCAUCUGUUCCCUCUCUCAACUGUGAAAUAAGUGAUGAAUUUGAAGAGCUAGAUUCAACACCUUUAGAGAAAAAUUCUGCUGGUGAUGCUGAGCUUGCCCAUCAUAAUGGGCAGGAAUUCAAGAGGUCUUCUGAAGACAUUGUUAGAAAGAGACAACAAGAUAAUGCUGAUCGGGAAAGAGAGAGAGAAAAUUCAGCUGAAGAUGCAGACUGUGGUCCAGGGCAUAUUUGUAGUGAACACAAUACUAAUGACAGAGCCAACCACCACGGAAGCUCUCCUGAGCAGGUAGUGCGGCCCAAAGUUAGAAAAGUGAUAAGUUCGAGCCAGGUAGACCAAGAAAUGGGUUUUAACAGGCAUGAGGCUAAACAAAGAAGUGUUCAGAGAUGGAGAGAGGCUUUAGAAGUUGAGGAAUGUAGUUCAGAUGAUCCUAUAAUAAAGUGUGAAGACUAUGAUGGUGACCACGAGUGUAUGUUCCUGACUCCACCUUACUCAAGAGUUGCACAGAGGGAAAGAGAACAUAAUCAUGCAACAUCAGAAAAUGGAGCCACAGCUUCAGGAAGGCAAGAAACUCGGGAUAAUUCCUUUUGGAAUGGCUGCGGAGAUUAUUACCAACUCUACGACAAAGAUGAAGACAGUUCAGAAUGCAGUGAUGGGGAAUGGUCUGCUUCUCUGCCUCACCGAUUUUCUGGCACAGAAAAAGAUCAGUCCUCAAGUGAUGAGAGCUGGGAGACUCUGCCAGGAAAAGAUGAGAAUGAACCUGAGCUACAGAGUGAUAGUAGUGGCCCUGAAGAAGAAAACCAAGAAUUGUCUCUUCAGGAGGGGGAACAGACAUCCUUGGAAGAGGGAGAAAUUCCCUGGUUACAGUACAAUGAAGUCAAUGAAAGCAGCAGUGAUGAAGGAAAUGAGCCUGCCAAUGAGUUUGCACAGCCAGAAGCCUUCAUGCUGGAUGGUAACAACAACCUUGAGGAUGACUCCAGUGUGAGUGAAGACUUGGAUGUGGACUGGAGCCUGUUUGAUGGCUUUGCAGAUGGACUCGGAGUUGCUGAAGCUAUUUCUUAUGUGGAUCCUCAGUUCCUCACCUACAUGGCACUAGAAGAACGCUUAGCCCAGGCUAUGGAGACUGCGCUGGCACAUCUAGAGUCUCUUGCAGUAGAUGUUGAGGUGGCUAAUCCACCAGCUAGUAAGGAGAGCAUUGACGGACUUCCAGAAACUCUUGUUCUAGAAGAUCACACUGCUAUUGGCCAGGAGCAGUGCUGUCCCAUCUGCUGCAGUGAGUACAUCAAGGACGACAUAGCGACAGAGCUGCCGUGCCAUCAUUUCUUUCAUAAGCCUUGCGUCUCAAUUUGGCUACAGAAGUCGGGAACAUGCCCUGUGUGCCGCCGUCAUUUCCCACCUGCAGUUAUUGAAGCAUCUGCAGCUGCUUCCUCAGAACCUGACCCUGAUGCUCCACCUGCCAAUGACAAUACUGCAGAAGCCCCAUAAAGUGUAACAUUGGAAUGAGAUCUAAAUUCUAUCACAUUAAAUCUGCAAAUUUCUUCUAAAUCUGAUGUGCAAAUAAUUAUAUAUAAAUAUAUUUAAAAUGCUAUAUAUAGUAUAUGCCAUAGUUUAGAAAGAGAAUAUUAACCUUUCUAAACUGAACUUAGGUUUGCAGAACAUACUAAGCAUUUUCAAGCUGAAUGUUGAAGCAGUGCAUCCAUUUUCUUUAGUUGACUAUGUUGGUGUUCACUGUAAAGUGAGUAGUCAGCUCUGUGGCAUAUGUGGCUGUUUUGUCUGACGUGCUGCCACUAAGAGAUCAUAAUUACGCUCUCCUGUCCACAUCAGAUGUGAAGACUGUGAUCACAACAGUAGUAAAAUUUGGUUUCAUUGACAAUAAAUGGAAUUCUAAAGCAUGCUUUUUCACUGGUCCCUUUGCUUCUGCUACAUUGAAACUUCUUGGUUUAUAAUACUGAGAAGGUUAAGGUUAAAGCUUUUCAGAAUGCCAAACAAAGACUAAAGUUUUGACCAGAAAAACAAAAGAAAUUUACAUCUUAGAUGUAAACCUCCUGAAAUGGUUAGGUGGUAAAGGGUUCAGUGAACAUUGGAUAUGUGUAAAGAAAGGCUAGCUGAGCAUGUGAAUAGUCUAAUGUGCUCAGUGCUCAGCACAGUUACAUGUGUUUGGCCUUAGGAAACACUAUCUAAGCUCUUAUCCAAUCUGCUUCUACUUGUUAAAUACUUGAAGGUCCAGAACACUCUUCACAUAUUUGUUGAAGAAGUUAGAUGUAGCUAGUUUAAGGUAGUUUGGUUUCUGAAAUAUUUUAGGUCUGAAGAUUUGCACAUGGUCAUGUUUGUAACUAUAUCACCCCAGAUAAAAAUUGCACAGCUUUUAGAGGAUCACACGGAGUAGGCAAGUCUAUGCAGACACGGGUGUAGUAGGUAGCUAUGACGAGACCUGAUGUCCACACUGGGGAACAAUGGCUUAGAAGGCAUAGUACUAGAGCACUAGUGAGUGCACGUCUACCUGGUCCCCUGCUCAUCUAGUUUUGGGAAUAUCUAAAUAGAUUCUGAAAUGCACAGUUUCAUUUAAUUUGUGUAAUAUCUCUGAGUAUUUAUAUUCUUGCUUUUUCUCUCCAUUCUUAAAAAUAAAUGAAUUUUUCACUGUUGGCACAUUUGAGGCUUAAAUAUAAAAAAACAUAACACUUGCAUUCUGAUUUUUGCAUAUAUUGUAAAUGUGGCUGGUAUUUACAGCAAAAUACUGUGUAUCCUUUUAUGGGUAAAACAAAAGUGAACAUUGCAUGCAAGUAAUGUGGUGAAUUUGUAAUUUAGGGGUUCUCUGGGGCUUCUGUGACUUUGGAUGCUUACAUUCAGGCCUUAAUGUUGCUCUAGCUCGCAUGCUUCCUUCUGAUGUAUAUAGUCAAUGUUGUAUAAACUAAUCUUUGCUUGUUUUCUACUCUGUGAUCUUUCCAUGCCAUAUUUCAUUGAUAAUCAGUUAGUGUCAAGAAGUCAUACCAGAUUAACAUUAGUUCUCCUGUGUAUACUGUGGAAAUUUGUGGGUUGUGUGGUUUGUUUGUUUUCUUUUAUGUACUGUUGAUUAGUUGUGGCACUUACUGAUUAAACCUACGUUGCUGCAGAUUGCUUUGUAACAAGCCACGUUAUGUUUAGUCAGUAUUAAGGGACCUUGGUUUUAUUCUCCUAGAUAGCAGCUGUCCCAAAGAAAAUAUUUCUUCUUUGCCUAUUAAGAUUUAGCUGUUAUCUGCCAGUUGUUAAGAGGUUUGGUUCCAAACUCAACCAGAGAGUUUAACGUAAGAUAACUGUUGUACUUUUUGCUUUCCAUCUGUUACCGUCCUUCAUUGUUGACUCCUGACUGCGUAUACACAGCUGCUGUGAAGGAGAAGGCGGAAUAAGACUUGCUUUAAAUUUUCUAAAAAGGAAAAUGAAGUUUUAGAACUUUGAUGGUAACAAGCCAGUAUAAGCUGAGGCUGACAAGUUCAGACCCCAACGUAUUAUUUGAUCUUAUCUUGGAUCCUUUUUGAAAAGUUAAGAAUAUAUGAAGGUAAAUUAGAAAUAGUAAAAAUAUUGAUAAAAUGCCAUUUAUCUUAUUUCUCUAUUUUUUCGUUGUGACUUGGCCUAAUAAUUUUAAUUUUUUAAGCAUUUUCUUAUUUCUUGUAAUAUGAAUGCUGAUAUUUAACGUUAGGCUCAUGUGGAUUUCUUUUGUGUUUCUUAGUUGUUUAUCUCUAAGCUAACUAACUUUUAAGAUUAUUUGUGAUACGGAUUUAUAUAUAAGCUGUUAAAUAUAUAUGAGCUGUUAAAAUGGAAUGCAAGGUUUUCAAAAGCCCAGGUCUAACUGUAAUAAUUGGUUUAUUGUUCUACAAUCCCAGCCCGCCAUUUUCCGUGUAAAUCAUAAACAAUAAACAGGAUAUACUCGGUG